GUAUAGCUUCACAUCCCCAAUCCCCAUACUACACCUUACCAACGCUCAUCAUGGGUAAGAAAAGAAAGGCCGGUGGUCGCCCUGCGGCCCCCAAGAAAGACAACUUUGGGCCCUCUAAAUUUGACAUUGAGGAGAGAUUCGAUGAUUCUGAGGAUGAGUUCCAAACCGGUCGCGAUCAGAUUCUGUUGGAGGAAGCACCAGAGGCCAAGCGUCGUCGCAAGGUAGCUGAAGAUGAGGCAAUGCUGCAGCCAUCGGACGAGGAGAUCAUGGGCUAUGAUUCAGCCGACGAGGAUGAGGACGAGGACGACGAGGACGACUACCAGGAGGAUGGAUACGACGACGAUGAAAUGGACGAUAUGCCAUCGAAAUCCAAGAAGCGUGCCGGUAGUCAAGAAGCCGAUUCCGAGGACGAGGAAGAAGGCCUUGCCGCAUGGGGCUCUUCGAAGAAGGACUUCUACAAUGCCGACCAGAUCGAAACGGAAGCCGAUGCGCUCGAAGAAGAAGAGGAGGCCAAGAGACUUCAACAAAAGCACCUACAAAGCAUGAACGAGGAGGAUUUCGGCUUCGACGAGACGGAAUGGGCCGAAUCCGGAAAGGCGGACGAUGUGGAGGAAGACAGUGGAGAAGUGACGGAAGUCCUCCCACAAGUCGAGAUCACCGAGGAUAUGAGCACGGAUGAGAAGCUAAAGAUUCUCAAGUCGAGAUACCCCGAAUUUGAGCCGCUUUCGAAACACUUCCUGGAACUCCAACCCACUCUCCAGGAGCUCAAGAAGGCCGUCGAAACUUUCAACGCCGAUGAUGACUCCGAGAACGCUCCCGACUAUGCGCCCGUCGCCGUCGUCAAGUUCCGUGCCCUCUCCGCAUACCUCGGUACUAUCAGCCUGUACUUCAUGCUCCUGACCUCCGCCAAAGACGCGUCCGGCAAGCCCAUUCCCCUUUCCCCCGCCGAGCUCCGCGCACACCCUGUGAUGGCCACUCUCGUCAAGUUCAGGAAACUCUGGGAGUCUGUCAAGGACCUCAGCGAGCCCGAAUCAGAACCCUCCGACAUCUCCGCAGACGAGCUUGAGGAAGACGAACUCUCGGAUGUUUCCGAGGUCGAGAUGCCGACCAAGAAGGAGCAGAAGGACAAGAAGCAGAAGAGGAAGACCAAGGCACAACUGGCAGCUGAAGCCCGCCAGGCGGAAGCGGAAGCCCGGAGAGCGAAGAGACUCGAGGAGACCGAAGCCAACCUGGCCGAUCUCUCCAAGCUGGUCACUGCGCCCAGCAAGAAACGCGCGGCUCCGAAGACCAAGACGGUGGCUAGGGAUGAGGACGACUCGGACUUCGGUGAUGAGGAUGCCCUCACCGCCAAGGAAGCCGAGGAGAAGGCCAAGCAGAAGCGCUCUCUUCGCUUCUACACCUCCCAACUUGCACAGAAGGCCAACAAGCGUAGCGCAGCCGGCCGCGAUGCUGGUGGUGAUGCAGACUUGCCUUAUCGCGAGCGCUUGCGGGAUCGCCAGGCCCGCCUCAACGCCGAGGCCGAGAGGCGUGGUAAGCAGGCGCUCAAGGAGUCCGAGCAGCUUGGUGGUGACAGUGACGAGGAGGAUGACCGCGUGGCUAAGCAACUCCGCGGUGGCGAGUCCGAUAGUGACGAUUACUACGACAUGGUUGCAGCUCGCUCCAAACAACGGAAGGACGACAAGAAGGCGCGCGCAGAGGCUCACGCUGCUGCUGCCCGUGAAGGUGGCGAGGUGCACUUCCAGGAGGAGGUCGGGCCCGAUGGCAAGCGUGCCAUCACCUACCAGAUCGAAAAGAACAAGGGUCUUGCGCCCAAGCGCAGCAAGGACUCUCGCAACCCCCGUGUCAAGAAGAGAAAGAAGUUCGAGGAGAAGAAGAAGAAGCUGGGUAGCAUGCGCCAGGUAUACAAGGGCGGUGAAGGCCGUGGUGGAUAUGGUGGUGAACUUACUGGUAUCAAGAAGAACUUGGUCAAGAGUGUCAAGCUCUAGUCUCGUUUCUCCAUUCGAUGGAUAUAUACCACUGCUGCUUCUCACCGGCGUUUUCUGUGUGCUAAAAAGGAGGGUUUUUCUUACUUGUACAUAUAUAAUCCAUUUGAUGAUACAAACAUUGUCCACU